AUGAUGCUGUGUUGGAUUUUGAAUGAGAGCGUGUCUGUCGUGGUGGUUUUCUCAUGGCUGGCAGUAAAUUUCUAUCUAUUUAUUGACACGUUCUGUUGGUACGCUGAAGAGGAGGCUUACUUUUAUACACGAGUUAUUCUGGGUUCUACAUUGGCAUGGGCCCGAGCAUCUGCAGUGUGCCUAAAUUUUAACUGCAUGCUAAUUCUGUUACCUGUCAGUCGAAACUUCAUCUCACUGGUGAGAGGAACAAGUAUGUGCUGCAGAGGACCAUGGGGAAGGCAACUAGACAAAAACCUUAAGUUUCACAAACUUGUUGCCUAUGGGAUAGCUGUUAAUGCUGCGAUCCACGUUGUGGCACACUGGUUCAACAUGGAGCGUUACCACCUGGGUCAGGCCAAGGAUGCCGGCGGACUGCUGGCUGUGCUUUCCAAACUUGGCAAUGCCCCAAAUGAGAGCUACCUCAAUCCGGUCCGCACCUUGUAUAUGAGCACGACCACAGAGCUACUGAUGACAGUCUCGGGGACUACCGGCCUGGCGAUCUCUCUAGCAUUGAUCUUGAUUAUGACCUCUUCAAGUGAGUUCAUCAGACAAUCCUCUUAUGAGCUAUUCUGGUAUACACACCAUGUUUUCAUCAUCUUCUUCAUCAGCCUGGCUAUCCAUGGAGGAGGUCGGAUUGUUCGAGGCCAAACUCCAGAGAGUCUCCAGCUGCACAAUGUCACCUUCUGCAAAGACCGCUAUGCUGAAUGGCAGGCAGCUGCCUUGUGCCCUGUUCCGCAAUUUUCUGGCAAAGAACCUUCGGCCUGGAAAUGGGCUUUGGGCCCUGUGGUCUUGUAUGCAUUUGAAAGAAUAAUUAGGUUCUGGAGAUUCCAACAAGAAGUUGUCAUUACCAAGGUGGUGAGUCACCCGUCUGCAGUCCUGGAACUUUGCAUGAAGAAGCGUGGUUUCAAGAUGGCGCCUGGGCAGUAUGUCUUCAUCCAGUGCCCGUCCAUCUCCCCUCUGGAAUGGCAUCCCUUCACUCUCACCUCUGCUCCCCAGGAGGACUUCUUCAGUGUGCACAUCCGCGCCUCGGGAGACUGGACAGAGGCAUUAUUGAAAGCCUUUGGGGCAGAGGGACAGGCCCCCCGUGAGCUCUGUAGCAUGCCAAGGCUGGCUGUGGAUGGGCCCUUCGGAGGCUCUCUGACAGACGUGUUUCACUACCCUGUGAGUGUGUGCAUUGCCACAGGAAUUGGAGUCACGCCCUUCGCCUCUCUUCUCAAGUCCCUGUGGUAUGAGUCACAGAGCCUGCCUGAGCUGAGCAAGGUGUACUUCUACUGGAUCUGCCGGGACGCCGGGGCUUUUGAGUGGUUUGCAGAUCUCUUACUUUCUCUGGAAACACGGAUGAGUGAGCAAGGGAAGGCUCACCUGCUGAGUUACCGUAUAUUUCUCACUGGCUGGGAUGAAAACCAGGCUAUUCACAUAGCUUUACACUGGGAUGAAAGCCUGGACGUGAUUACAGGCUUAAAGCAGAAGACCUUCUAUGGGAGACCCAACUGGAAUGAUGAAUUCAAGCAGAUUGCCUAUGAUCACCCCAGCAGCAGCAUUGGCGUGUUCUUCUGUGGACCCAAAGCCAUGUCAAAGACCCUUCAAAAGAUGUGCCGUUUGUAUUCAUCAGCGGACCCUCGGGGUGUUCAUUUCUAUUACAACAAGGAAAACUUCUAGAUGCUGGAGGUAAAUUUCACGCACUGCAGAAGAGACUGAAAUCAAAGAAGAGGUGGAGGGUCAGGAGAUUUUUCUCCACCCAAAGGACCAAACAGCAAUCAUUUUAGACUUUAUGAAUGGUAUGGUUUUAGCCUAAUCUACUCAACACUGUGAUUCCAAAAUGCUAAAGUAGCCACAGAUGAAAACACAUCAGAAUGGGCUAGCUGAGUUCUGUCAUCAUAAGAAUUUACUUAUGACCUCUGAAGGUGAACUUCAUAACAUCUUUUCUGUCAUGAAAUUUGUAUUUUUGAUAAUUUAAAAAAUGUGAAUGUCAGAGUUGGGCAUAUAGGUGAGUGGUCAGACACUUAACCAAAAUGGAGAAAUCAUGGGUAUUUAAACUUAGGAUGUGGGCCAGACUGGGUCUGUGAAAUGCAGACAUAAUGUUAAUUAAAGCAUAGUUAGAACUGGGGAGAACCACUGACAUUUUUCUACCUUGUAUGACACAUACAUAAACACUAAAUUUUGUGUUUGUCUUUUCUCUCUUCUUCCUUCUUUCCAUCUUUCCUUCCUUUCUUCCUUCCCUCCCUCCCUCUCUCCUUCCUUCCUGAUUUCCUUCUCCCUUUCUUUUAAAAAACAGUAUAGUCAACUCAACUUCCAUCCCAUAAAGCCAUUGGGAAUGUUUUUUAAAUUUUCACUGAUUUAGCCUUUCCAUGCUCUGUUGCUGGUUGCAAAGUAUUCCUCACAUUUUAUAGUUUUUUUCCACCUGUGUCAAUGUUUUAUAAUCAUUUAAUCAAAUACAUCAAUACUGAUUUGAAAAUUAUUGAGCCCCAGACAGCAACAAGUAGGUGCGUUAGUGGCAUAUUAAAUCUUUUGUUCAGGCUUUAUAUCAAAUUAUUGACUUCAGAGGACUCCUUUGCCUUCCCUAUGCCUGUUAAUAUCAGUGUCCAGCUGAAACUGCUUUAAUGAGCAGCCACUGGGAAUUAUACACCACAUCAUACUUUCUUGGAUCCUAGAUAAUAUAUCAUAUACAAUAGAACAAAAGCAUUGCUGCACUUAAGACAGAUUUUGCAUUUUGAAUGCUUCUUAUCAUUGUGGACUUUCAUAAAAGAAGUAAAUUGAUCUGACUUGCUUUGAUUUUACAAAAAUCCAGCAGCUACUUAAGCUUUUUCAUGCAUUUCUAAGAUGCAAAUUGAUUGUUCGCUUUCUAUUAUCAAAUUAUUUUAAAUUGUGAGCAUGAAUUCACUCAUACUGGGUUGGGGAUACUUAUACAGUUGGGCGUAUUUAACAAUAUCUCUCACACAUGAUUUGUACUUUCUGAGCUUGGGAAUUUCUCAGUAUCUGAAAGUAUCAGAUAGAUAGAUAGAUAGAUAGAUAGAUAGAUAGAUAGAUAGAUAGAUAGGCAGGUAAAUACAUACAUACAUACAUACAUACAUAGUCAUUUGAAAUAUAAUUGAACACAUUCAGACAUUCUAUGCAAUUAUUUCCCAAUUUAAAUUUGAUUCAACCAUUAUUGCCAGAAAUUUCUAUAGUCAAAUAUAACCUUU